AAACAACCCACGCUGACUGAAGCCGCCCAGCCGAGAGGCGCGCAUCGGCGACAUCGUCAACUUGUUAUCGGGGCUGUCGUUGGGAACGUUUACUCGAAGGAGGGAAACAUCCAGUGGGAGCUGCCGGAACAUAUCUUCACCUGGCCUUGACAGCGCCCCAUGGCUUCGGGCAAGGACGGCGCCCCAAGAUGGAAUUCCGCUUCCAAACGAGCAUGCGAUUUCAGGUACCUGAUGGGAUGAUGGCAGCUGUUGUGUAUUGACGGAUGUCUCCCGCUCGCACGAAGCUCUCCGCCGCGUAGAGCGACAACAUGCCUCGAGUUCCCAGCGCCGAAAUCGGCUCUCAUGCCAAGACCGUCGCGUGGGUGAGUGACUCGUCCCGCAGCGGCGGACUCGAGGACGCAGCCUACAGUUCGACGAGUGAGGCGGAACCGGACAGCGAUCACGAGCCCGAACUGCCCCAAGAAGAGGUUGACCCGCAGAAACUUCUCGGUGCGUGGCUGGGAGAACUAGACAGCAUACAAGUGGGUCUGGAUAACACCGUUCUGGCAAAGCAUUCCCCUGCUGUGCCUGACAAGGUGCUGGCCUCUACACCUCGACUCGAUGGCUACCGGUUCUCCAUGGUCAACUUGGAAGAGAGCCAAGAUGUAGAGCUGGAUGCAAUUCUGGGCGAGCUGUGCGCUCUUGAGACGCAGUUCGAAAGAGAGAUCAACCAAAAGGGUCACUCGCGAUGCUACACUGGCCAAGACCCAAAUGCGGCUGCCGGUACGGCGCUCCAUCUGGUGCCUCCCACACCAACUUCGUCCAUGCCACCAGCGGGGACAGGCGUCGUGCCCCUGGGGGGCAUGGUGUCUUCCGCCUUCAGCACUGGUUCCACAAGCCAGAGGUCGUCGGGUCAUAGUCGCUCCAGUUCUGGCGGAGGUGGAAGCACUGGCAGCUCCAGACCAAGGUUUGAACUGGGCCCAUUUCACGACAGUAGCGUCAACACUGCCGCACGUACCGAGAGUCCAGACAAUGACUCUGCGUUCUCGGACAACGUCUCCAUGUUGUCUUCGGAGUCAUCCGCGUCUUCCGGCGGAGGCGGCGUGGGACGAUCCUCGCACGCUGAUCCGCGAAGUGUAGCGUCCAAGGUGAAUGGAGACCACGGAGGAGUUGCACUUGCUUCAUCUCCAACUCAGCUGCUAGAGGCCAUCACUGCAAAACUGAAAGCAAUUCACUCGGAUAUAGAGAUGGACAGGCCACCCCUCGCUGAGCAGGCGGCACGGAUCAAGGCAGAAAAGAUUAAGAUAGCUUUGGAAAAAAUCAAGGAAGCCAGCGUUCAGAAGCUUUUCAUCAAGGCGUUCAGCGUGGACAACAGUGCCAAGAGCCUCCUCGUGGAUGAACGGAUGACAAUAGCAAACGUCGCACGUCUGCUGGCAGACAAGAACCACGUCCCCAUGGAUCCCAAGUGGGUUAUUGUCGAACGCAUUCCACAGCUCUACAUGGAACGAAUCUACGAAGACCAUGAAAAUCUGGUUGAGAACUUACUUCUGUGGACCAGAGACUCGAGCAAUAGGAUUAUGUUUCUAGAAAGGGAGGAAAAAUACGAUCUGUUUGUCAACCCAGAAAAUUACCUUCUUGGUGGGUCAUCGUCCGAGAAAAGCACGGAGCUUGAUGACGACUCUAAGAUGUCAUUGAUUGACGAGUUCUUUGCAAGUUCAGGAUCAGCAGUACCGGAGGUGGAAGGUGUACUGUAUCUCAAAAGUGACGGCAAAAAGGCAUGGAAGAAGCAUUUCUUCGUCCUCCGUGCGUCCGGUCUCUACUACUGCCCCAAGGGGAAAUCCAAGCUCUCGAAGGACCUGGUCUGUCUGACUACAUUUGAGAUGAACAACAUCUAUGUCGGAAUAGGCUGGAAAAAAAAGUACAAAGCCCCAACGGAUUUCGGAUUUGCGAUUAAGCAUCCCCAGAUCCAGACAAAGUCUUCAAAGUACAUCAAGUAUCUUUGUGCUGAAGAUGACAAGACACUUAACAGAUGGGUCACCGGCUGUCGGCUGGCUAAGUAUGGAAAAAUAAUCAAAGAAAAUUAUGACAACCUGAUGCGUGACAUCGUUGAGGAGGACCUGGAGACACUGGCUCAUGCCCGCAGCUUCUCCAUCAGUUCAAUGGCCAAGACCUUGGCUGCCAUCAGCCCGGACAACAGCUCAGGCGGGAGUGCACCCCAGAGUCCAUCGCAGCUGUUGCCCGGUGGAAGAACAGAACGGCGUGGGAGUCAGGACUCUGACACUGCUCCGACCAUAACGGCCUCGGACCUUGCCUCCCCCGUGGACAAGAACGCCACGCUGCGCCGCAAAGAAUCCGUGCGUUCCACCAGCAGCGGGUUCCCUUCGGAGCGGUCGGAUUGCUCAACGCCGACGGCGGUGGACCAGAUGGCAUUCUUCGACGCCGAGGUGGGCACCAUCAAGCGCAAGCCUUCAAUGACUCCAAAGAUCCCUCUGACAAACACGACGCGGACCCUCGCCAAACAAUCUGCUGGUUUAUCUGAGGACUCUGAAGGAGGUUACGAGGUCACCGGAGCCACGUUCGUUGUGGGCAGCUUGGGACGUGUGUCCGGAACGCGGAUGAGUCUGCGGAGGUCGCAUACGGACGAAAAGAUUUCGGUGGGAACACUACCGCGGAUGAGACAAGCCAGUCUGCCCUGCACCGCAGACAUAAGCCUAGUGGCACGGAGAGCUAAAGACGAUGCUGCCGAUACGUCUUCAGCAUCACAACCACCACCACCACCACCGUCGUCGUCUCUACAGUGGCAACCUCUAGGACCGUCCCCAAGCAUAGACAGUAUUACAGAGUCGUUGCCACCUCCACCACCCGACCUCUCUGGGAGUACCUUAAGCCUGGAUUCCUUCCCUCCUCCUCCUCCGCCCCUCGAGUUGGGGGAUGUAACCAGCUGGCCAAGCACGUCCAGCCUCAACUCCCUUCCCCCUCCACCGUCACCUCUCAUCACCCCAACCAACAGUCCCACCAUACGGUCGCCCGUGUCAUCUCCAAGAAGUGGGCAGUCGACGCCGACAAACAGUCCCCUGCGAACUAGCCCGCCGGCAGUGCUGCCGAAGCCGCAAGUGCUGAGGAGCCCAACUCACCAAGCUGGCACGUUGAGGAGGCCGUCGGAGCCCCUGGCCACGAUCUACGCCGAUCCCAACGAUAUAAGCGGCGGCUACGAGACGCUCAAGAGGAACAGACGGCGCGGGACGGAGCCCUCUCAUCCUGUUUAUGCUCAGGCGAUUGCACCCCCUGCCCCGCCACCGCCCCCACCACCUCCCCCUCCUCCUCCACCUCCUCCUCCACCGCCACUGGUAAGGCAGAAGCCGCCUCCACCAAAACGAAGUGAUAGUACAAGGCUGUCCUCACCAGCACGAAGAUCCUUCUCGUCCCCAGCGGGUCCGGGGCAGAUCUCGUGUCCGCCCGACGUGUUCUUGAAGGACUUGCACAGGGUGAUGGAGAAAAAGUGGAAGGUAGCCCAGCAGUUGUCGACGGAGCCGCUGUCGACGCCUCACGAGAUCCUCGGGUUCAGGGACCCCCGAUGUCUUCCCCCGCCGGCGGAGGCGGCGGACGACCACGGAAGCCUGCAGAGGAAAAAAAUGCCGCCCCCUCCACCUCCGAAGCGAAGUGAUGCGACGCAGUUGUCCAGGUGGCAGUGCUGACGUUUUUGCAGCUGUUUGUUUUGUCUCUUCUGGUCACAUGCAAAGCAAAGGGCACAUGCGUACAUGUGCUCUGCUUUGCCAUGCAAUAUUAGCUUCGAGUCUCGGUCUUCUCGGAGUGUGAAGUUCUGUGACUCUUCAUUCGCCUGUGAGAAGCGGGCGUGACGGAAAAGCAAGGACGUCCCGCACUUCCUAGGUUCAAAGUUCCACGACCUUCUGCCAUGCCGGUGACGGUGGUGGCAAAAGCGGAACACCUGGUGUCCUCUUCUUCGCAUGCACAUGAGAAUGUUUGAACUCAAGUUUGAGUCCCGCGCCUUGUGGCCCUGUCGUCGAUUUAAAACAGGCGUAUGCUUUUUGUGUGUACACAGAUACCGAUGUGAAAAAAGUGUCUUUCUUUUGUUGUGCCAAAUGUUUGAAAGCCUGGAUUUAUUUAAUUAGUCAGACUGGUGUUAUUUGUUAAGGUUGAUUAUGAUUUAGCGACUACGGCAUCAAACUCAUUGCGAAUGUGGCAAAAGAAGCCACGUUAAAUCUGCGCAGUUGUGAGAGGUGGCGAAUUUACCGCGCAACAUCAUUUUGUUGUUUUUAGUUGUAUCUACCAUGAGAGUCUUACAGGCCUGAUCUCUUAAUACUAUACAACUUUAGAAAAUUCCACUGUCAUCUGAGCACCCAUCUCUCGUCAGUACUAGUGUUCAGACAAACAUUUUUCAUCUCAUGUACCAUGUAAGCUUCAACCAAAGGUCUUGGAAGUUCUAGUUAUCUCUUUUUCGCAGAAUGGACCUGUAAAACCUGCUACGACUUCGUUGUGUACACUUCAGUAAGGUGAUCACAUGGCCUUGUUGUUAAAUGUGCAAAUUGGUACACAUUGAAUGCAAAAUUUAAAAUAGAAAGGUCAACAUAAACGUGAGCAUUUGUUCUUAUCUGCAUCUGAUUGUUUUUUUUUUUAUCUAUUGGUUUCACAAGUAUUGACAUGCUCAGAUUGCUAGUUUUGUGGUUCAUGCUAAUUCUCAAGCAUGUUAUAACAGCGGCUGUUUCUUUCAAGGGUUGCUUUGUGUCAAACAUUCUCACAUAUCUCUUUCUAUAACUGUGCAGUUGAUAAGCAGUGCAGUACACCUAUGUGAAGAUAUCAGAAUAGGGAGCACGUGUCCAAGGCCCAAGUUUUUUCAGAUAAAAAUGUUCGUGUAACCAGUAUUGACCCCUUGACCCUGUAAAAGACUGGUCACAAUGUUUGUCCUUCGUAGAGGGUAGGGUUGCCUUAUAGCCAGUGGCUUACUUACCUGCUUGCUUGAUAUAGCCAAACAAAUUUGCAUGCUGAUGAAAAGUAAUGCCUGGUAGAAUUCCACAUUUGAUGGCGCACUUUUUAAUGUGCUGUGUUCUGCUCCAAACUCUUAAACUUGUUGCCCAGCCUUAAUUUUGGUUACUUUCGCGCAAGCAAGUUGCAAGUCAACUCGGCAAUAAUCUAUGAGGAACAUGUGGAGCUGUCGAGUAGUUUCGAGAUUGUAGUCGAGUUAAACUGUAACUAGGGCCUGACUUUUUAGGGUUAAACCCGUAUCCGCUCGAUAUUUACCCCCCGAACAAAAUCUGUAAAAUUCGGGUUUAACCCGAAUCUACCCGAAAACAUCUGGUUCGUGUGGCACACUCGUAAGCGUGCAUUAAAAUAAAGUUUGAUAACAUUGCUAAACAUUAGUUCCAUGAUAAGACAAAUUUUUAUUAAACAAAAAAAAAUCACCCGAAUACACCCGAAUUUCUGACGACAGAAUAUGCCGUAACGGGAUUUAACCCGAAUACACCCGAAUUUUCAAAUGAAAAAUAUCACCCGAUAUUUACCCCCAAAUUUGGCCAAAAAUAAAACCCGAAAAAGUCAGGCCCUAUCUAUGAGGAACAUGUGGAGCUGUCGAGUAGUUUCGAGAUUGUAGUCGAGUUAAACUGUAACUUGCUUGCAAAUCUAGCCGUAGCGACAUUUGGUUUUGAACUCCUUCCUCCUGUCUUACUAAAGUUUAUCUCUAUGCUAUGAGGGUGAGGAGCCAGAUGCUGAAGCAGAAACAAGAAAGAAAGAAAACGGUAGCUGAUGCAAGGCUUUGUGCUUUAGCUGUAUGUACAUAAUAUACAACAAACACACAAGAAGAUAUCUGACACUUUCACUGUUCUCAAUUGUUAUUGAUGUGCUCGGUGUACGUGUGCCUCCUUGACGAAACAAAUUCCUCAAACAGUGACUGCACACAAUGCACUAUAGACCUCUAUAGACCUCCUGUCAACAUGUGCCAAUUGUUUCCUUCUCACUGGGAUAUUAGCGAAAUGGUGGUUGAAAUUGCAAGAUAAUUUCGGGCACAAUACUAAUAUCGCGCUGUCAUCCCGGGAAAACGCCCUCUUCGAGGCAUGCUCCAAAGUAGCAGCAACACUUCAAUCCUGAAUUAGGAUGUGUUGUGUGCAUUCAUUUACGGGAAUGGUAGCGUGCUGCGUGGUUUUUGUGAGAAUUGCACUGCAGGGAUGUAGCAUCUAAUUAGACAUGCACAUUAUAAUUAGGGCUGUGCAAAUACUCAUUUUAAAACAGAGUCGUGUAACUAUGUGACAAAACCAAAUACGCAUAGUGGAGCACUAAUACAUACGAGGGGUGUUUAAAAAAAGACCGAACUUUUGCUCUGAAGCUUUUAUUCGUUGUCCUGCAUCAGCCUAGACACUGCAGCCCUCAAGGUACUCCCCUGUGCUGUCAGUGCACCGUUCCCAGCGUUUCUUCCACUGUGCUUCGCAGAAUGCACUUUCUGCUAUGGUGCGUAGAUCCCCCGUAGCAUUCUCUGGACUCUGGAGUUUCCUGUUUCGUCUGAAAGCGACGUCCUUUCAAUAUUUGUCUUCAGUUUGGGGAAGGGGGAAAAAGAUUGCUGGAGCCCAGUCAAGCACAUAGGGAGGGUGGGGUACGACUGAUACGUUCUGUUUAGCCAAAUCGAACCAAGGGAGACGAAUGUGCCGGCGCGUUGUCGUGGUGCAAGGGCCAUGUUUGUUCCUUCCAGAGCAAUGGCCUCUACCAGUGCACAUCUCGCAGACGUUUUAAUAAACUUAAUUAAUUAAUUAACGUAAUAAUUCAUUUACUAAAAAUUCUUUGUAAAGCGCCUUGGUAGCCAUUUGAGCAUGUUGUACGAAUUCCUAGUGAACAGUACUACUGCAGUUGAAGAAAGCAAUCAACAUCACCUUGACCUUCGUCUGACUCAUCCGCACUUUCUUCGACCCAGGAGACCAUUCCCCCGUCCCCUGCGAUGACUGCAGCUUAGUUUCGCCAUCAUAGCCAUAGACCCACGUCUCAUGCCACAUUGUGAUCGAUUUAAGAAAGCUCUUUGUCCGCACUCGCAUUGGCAAGCAGCUCCUGGCUGAUUUCAACACGAGAGGUCUCCUUUUGGUCACCGGUUAACAAGCGUGGGACGAAUUUUGCGCUGAUCCGUCACAUUUCAAGUCUUCAUGACAAAACUUGAUGACACGGCCUGACACUGACACCCACUUCAUCAGCGACCUCCGGCUCUGUUAACCGUCGAUUUCCGCUAAUCACGGCAUUAAUUUUCUGCACACUUUCGUCAUCCGUUGAAGUGGAUGGUCGUCCAGGCCUCGGAUUUUCAGUGACCGAUGUCCUGCCUUCCUGGAAGCGUUUAAACCAAUCGUGGCAAAUACUUAUCGAAUCUACUGAAAGGUCUCCGUGAACUUCUUGGCAAAUUUGAAACAGAAUUUCACACACACACACGCUGCUCUUCGAGCCCUCUCAUUCCUAAACAGUCAAAAAUGCGACGAAGGACUUCUGGGUGCACGUAGGGUUGUCACCAGGCCGGUAUUAUACCGGUACGGCCAGUUAUUUGCUCGCUCUGCCGGUUGCCGGUAGGAAGGUUAUACCGACAGCCUUUUGCCGGUAUUUGUGGCUCAAGACCUUUCAUAUGGGCUUUUGCGGGGUUUUCCCUUCAACAUUCCACUACAGCUCGAAUAAAUCUGGAGCAUAGACCCAACUCCGCAGUCACCAGUUCUUUCCUUAGUUAUUCAUUAUUAUUAUUAUUACACACAGGAACAUAUGUUUCCUCGUAUUAUCUUGAGCUCUCUCUCUCGUUUUCUGUGUGUGUGCUCUUCCACCCCUCACCCACUUCCCUUUCCCACGAGCCAUUCCUCCUUUCCCUCUAUUCCACCUCCUCUCCCACAGCCGGUAUUUUUCACUACGAAAGGUGGCAACCCUAGGUGCACGUGGUCCACUGACUGUAACUCGACAACAAACUGUCACAGGGAAUUCGAAUGAACAGCAGUCUAUUGCAUAGGAAGGUUGCACUGUUUCAGAAGUUCGGUCUGUUUUUUUUUUAACACUCCUCGUAGACACCGGAAGCGGUGUAGCAAGAGUGGGGGAGAGGGUCAUUGGAGGUACGCUUGGGAGAGGGGAAACAGGGGGAAGUCCCCUGUGUAAACACUGCAUAGAAACUCCCAACCUGUAAACUCCUCCCAAAGUAUUUUUUCUCGCUACACCACUGCCCUACAUUCAAAAGUCAGAUGUAGAAUUCCAUAUUUGAUUCGGAGGGAAAGAAAAAUCGAAUAUUUGCACGGCUGUAAUGUUAGCACACCGAAGGGUAGUUCAUGGGAGAGUGAGCGAAUUGAUGAUGGUAUGCGGAAGUUUUGUAGUGGCAUCCUCACUAUGAACCUAUAUCAAGGUCUAUACUACUAUAAUAAGGUGCUUUGCCUGAAUCUGAGGAGCAUUCAGAAGCACAUGGUAUUUCCCCCAUAUUGUUCAAGAGAGAAAAACUUUAUCAACUGUUGUGCUUGUUGUCACCUGAUCUCAACAUAUUCCUACAUGUACCAAACAGUGGCAUUCACAAAUGCUGUGGUAUAGUGAUCAGCGAAAGAGCAUUGCCCAUUAUUUUUAACAGGAAGCGGGAUGACUGGGCAGUCAAGGUUGCUCCAGCCCUACAGGCUGUGGUUGUUUUGAAAAAACACAAAAGCUCUCUAAUUUUUUUAAAAAUUUUGAAAAAUGUCUCCUCGUGAAAAGGAUGCUCUUACCUUGAAACCGACACAAAAGGAACGAGGUUCAUCGGUUGUUCGUGAUUUAUGAGUAAAGGAAACCCCAAUUUAUGAGGAUAAAUUUUUGCACUCCGGUGCCUCUUUAAUGAAAGCACAGAAGGCAUGUUUUUCGUAAAACUGACUCUCUACUGCAUAUCUUUGUUCCGUUGCUUCUCUCUGAAUUUCUUUUUUCAUCUUGACAUGUACAUUCCAUGUGUAUCGAUCACGAGGUCACUUCUGUGAACUCUACUAGACCUCUAUCUCUGUAGUCUGGGUCUGUAUGUUGGCUGCCCAGAAAAAAAAAAAGGUCCUUCUUGCUAUUUGCACUGUAGGUUGUUAGGACUGAUAUAUCUCUUUUUUAAUUUCUCGAACGAAAGCAAUGCUAGUUUAGAAGUAUAGGACGUGUUCUCGUUUAGCUUUCCGAGUUUUAGAGUUUGCUCGUAUACAGAAUGGUUUUUUCAUGUGGAAAGUGUUGAACGCUUUCGCCGUCUUCUGGCCAGAUAAUUUUUUUUUUUCUCUUUUGUACGGCUUUACAAUUUUGAUAACUUUAUAAGCCUUUCUAAUAAUUUAUGAUGGUCUCGAAGUGAACUUUUCUAUAAACAUUAUCAGUGUUUUGUGUGGGCAUCGAGAAGAAAAAAUGAACUUUGAAGUGCAGUCAUCUUACAAAGAAAAGUGAAAUGUCGUCGUAUGGUGCUUCUGAAGGGACUUGCUGGAUCGACACAUGAGCUUUCCGAGGAGGGAAAACGGUCUUUGAGUUCUCAAGGCCUUGUGAAAAGUAUGAGAAAGUCUAGGUAUAAUAAAAUGAAUGCAACGUUGA